UUUGUCCAUGCAGUUGGACAGAUUAGAGGUGGGCUGAAGCAAAAGAGAGAGGGAGAGAUUGAAAAAGCUUAACGAUGCCAUGAAAGCAACAGGUGGGUUAAGAGAAAGUUGCCUCCACCAACAACAGAAGAAGGAAGCCAGCUGUUCUAGCUGUGUUACAGAGAGACAAUCUCUACUGUGUAAUCGGGAGGAGCACUCCGUUGCCAUUGGCGAUAAACCGGGGGAAACACCUGAAAAGGAGGCCAGCCUGAGCUGAUAGGGUGUUUCUGAAGGACGGAGUUGUCGUUGUUCUCACUGGCUGGAUGUGGAGAGACUGACUGGAGGGAACAGCCUGGACAACACCAGUCAACUCAAGUGGUAAUUUACCCGUGUGGAGAUCCUGUUAAACCUGAUCAGCCAAUGAAUGGUAUUUCCCUCACCUGUGCUCUGAUCUGUCCUGUGAACACUGAAGCAGCUGCGCGUGAAAGAAGUCCCAUAGCGUCAGGACAUCAAGGACAGCCCCGACCUUAUGACUUCUCUGAUAAUAGUCUAAUAAAACACAUUAGGACAUCUUCAGGUGAACUUAACAACACAGUCACAACACUGUUGUGACGCAGCUGCACUGUAGUUAUCACACUACCUGCAGCUCACCAUGCAGCCACCGACAGCAGGAAGGGAGCAGCCGGAUGAUUCCUUUGACUUCCUGUUCAAAAUCAUCCUGAUCGGAGACUCCAACGUGGGAAAGACUUGUGUGGUUCAGAGUUUCAAGUCGGGACAGUUCUCCGAGAAGCAACAGAACACUAUAGGAGUGGACUUCACAGUGCGAACACUGGACAUCGAGGGAAAGAAAAUCAAGAUGCAGGUGUGGGACACGGCAGGACAGGAGCGUUUCCGAACCAUCACUCAGAGUUACUACCGCAGCGCUCACGGGGCCAUGAUCGCAUAUGACAUCACACGCCGCUCGACCUUUGAAUCCGUUCCCCACUGGAUCCGGGAGGUGGAGCUGUAUGGGGCGGCCAAUGUCGUGCUCUGUCUAAUAGGUAACAAGAGUGACAUGGAAUCAGAGCGCCGGGUGCUGUUCCAGGAAGCGUGCAGCAUGGCGGAGGAGAGGGGGAUCCUGGCCGCGCUGGAGACCUCUGCCAAGGAGAACCAGAAUGUGGACGACGCCUUCAUGAUGAUGGCCCGCGAGCUUCUAGCGCGCAACGGCAUGGACGUUCAACAGCGGGCCCCGAGCGAUUCGCCGCGUGUCCUUCUCCGAUCCAACUCGCGGCCGAUCAACUCGCCCGAGAGGAUUGCGGACAAGAAGUGCUGCUGACGCAGAAGAGCGUUGAGCGAUUUUGGGAUGAUGGCUGGACAGUGGACAUAAGGGGACCCAUGACUGUCCAAGCAGUAGCAAUUCUUCCUUGGGUCCACGACCGUGACCAACACCAGGUCGUCUGAAGCAUGACUGGAGCAGCAGACCCCCUGCAUUGGAGGAUGCUGCCUUUAUAUGAAACUUGGACCUUAGAUGCUGCGACCGUGAGACACCAUGACGGUUCCAGGAAGUGGAAUUUUGCGUUGUUUUGCUGCAUCUGCGCAUGCCAGCAACAUAUUCCUGACACUUUCAGAUGAUUUAUGUUUAAUGUUGGCAAAGAAAUGUGAUGUUUAGGUUAUACAUUUUUUUUAGGUAAUCCAUGAGAAUGUAUAGUAACUGAUUUGGGAUGGGUGACUGGUGCCCAAUGUUGAGCUGAACUGUAUCACUAAUGGGGGGAAAAAACGACUGUGUGUAAUUCUCUCAGGGUACCACUAGAGGUCAUUACAUCUUCACUUAUCCACUUCACUGCAUCAGAACAAGAGGGAAAGAAGUGAUUUUUUUCAAGUUUGUCUGUAUUCCUCUAAUUGGAUAAAACAUUAAAUGGAUAGAAAUAGAAUGACUUGAAUGGAGACUCAUGUUCUAUUCAUGUAAUUUCUCUGUAAUUUCG